AUGCAUUUCCGUCAGACCUUUCUUAGCUUCUACCGGACGCGAGCUCAGAAUGUGAACACUGAAGUUAUCGAGUCCUCAAACACUCGGCCGCCCCUAUCUCGUUCCACAAGCUCUACAACCUCUGACAACGACCCGGAAAGCAUGGUACUCACUUCAAGACCCUCCAGACAGCAACAACUCCCUACGCCGUCCGAGAGCUCCUUUGACGUGUCUCUUCAAGAUGCCCAGGUCGCGACUAUGAAACAAGUGCCGAAAGGCCGGGUUCGACGCGUCAGUUCCAGACUGGCCAAGACACAAAGCCACACUGGUCUCGUGGGAGACACAGAAGAUGAGGAUCUCAAAGGGAGGACCGUCAGUGGUGAAACUUUGGUUAAUUUGGAAAAUGCGAGCCAGUCAACGUUGGUCAAGGAAAGUAUUGCCGCGUUGGACUUGCCGUGGAGUGUGAACGAAGUCUUUACAAAGCAAGGCAAGGAGGAUCUAUCGAGGGAGAAGGACGGUAAAGCAUACCAACCCAGAGAAUCAACAGAAACUGCGGCGGAGGAUGCCGAGGACCAACGUCUACGAGCAGAGAAGGCGGCCGCGAAGAAGGUCAAAAUGGCCGAGAACAAUAAGAUAUGGGAGGAACGUCGUCAGGCCGCUCAGAAACUCGCCACAAGAAGAUCGUCCAGAAUGCCGAUUCUGGAUAAAGCUGGAGAGGUCAUAUCGAGUAUCGCUAAUAGCGUGCUUGGGAAGAGGAAGGAUAGAGCGUCAGACGCGCGCAACGCAGCGCGAUCAAAAAGCCUAGGAGGCGUGGAACCGACUGCUUCAGAACCGGUCUCGAAGAAGAGGCGCAUCAGUGAGGGUGAUAUCCCUGUUCAAGAGCUUGCCCAACCAAGAGCGCCCGUUCGUCGGCGGGAGAAAAAAUGGCUUACCUCGGGCCUCUACGCCGGUCAGUCCAGGUUUGCCGAGAUGCGUCCUGCUUCAAGCAAGAGCAGGCGCAAGAGUGCGGCACCUUCUGAACCUGUCAAGGAAAACUCGGUCCUGCCUCUGCCAAUGUUUGGCGGCGAGCGUCUGUUGAACUAUGGCCGAGACUUCAAACUCCCUUUUGACAUAUUUUCUCCCGUUCCUGCUGGUCAGCCGAAGCCCGACGAAUGGAGAAAGGUCAAUAAAAACGUCGUUGUCGGCGAUGCGGCACAAACGUGGCGAGUGUCGAAGUAUGAGGAGCAUUCGAGCUGUGUGUGCAAGCCUGAGACGGGAUGUGACCAAGACUGCAUAAAUCGAUAUAUGUACUACGAGUGUGAUCCCAGGAACUGCAACCUAAAGGCAGAGGACUGUGGGAACCGUGCCUUUGAAAGUCUCCAGCGACGCGUCAAGAAGGGGGGGAAGUACAAUAUCGGUGUGGAGGUAAUCAAGACCGAGGACAGGGGAUAUGGCGUGCGAAGCAAUCGCACGUUCGAACCACAUCAAAUCAUCGUGGAAUAUACGGGAGAGAUCAUCACUCAGGAGGAAUGCGAACGGCGCAUGAAGACGAUGUACAAGAACAACGAGUGCUAUUACUUGAUGCUCUUUGACCAGAACAUGAUCAUUGAUGCCACUCGAGGAUCCAUUGCACGAUUUGUCAACCAUUCGUGCGAGCCGAAUUGCAGGAUGGAAAAAUGGACGGUCAACGGUAAGCCUCGAAUGGCGCUCUUUGCAGGCGACCGAGGUGUGAUGACUGGAGAGGAACUCACUUACGACUACAACUUCGAUCCUUAUUCUCAGAAGAAUGUUCAAGAAUGCCGAUGCGGAUCUCAAAAGUGUCGCGGAGUAUUGGGACCAAGAUCCAAGGAGGAGCGGAAACCCAAAAGCCCCGAGAAGGAAACCAGCAAAGGCCGCAGCAAAUUGGCAGGUGCAAAACGAAAGAUCGCGGAGGCUAUAGAGGAGAGCACCAGCCGCAUUGCGAAAAAGGCAAAGGUUGCUGCGGCACCGGCACGGAAGGUCUCAGGUCGUUCACAGUCCAGCAGCCCGGUCAAGGUGCGAAAGGUGAAGCUCAUCAAGAAAGCUGUGACGCGAAAGACGAGUGCGACUGUCGUGGGAGGACUUUCCAGACGCCCCUCCAAACUCAAGACUCUUGUUGCAAGCGCUAAGAGCAAGUCUGUGAAGUCGAGGGUUGUGUCCACAUCCUCUUCAACAGCCCUGAUUGCGAAGACAAGCCCCAAAAAGACCACUUCAGCACCCGUCAGCCAAUCAUCAAGCCUGCGAGAGAAGGCAUCUAGUGUCAAGAGCCGGGUUGUGAGAAGUGUUCGUGGCACACAGAGAGUCAGGACAAAGACUAUUCGAGCAAUUGAGGCUGAAGAGGGGGCUUCGUGA